AUGGCUGUUAGGCAUACAGGCUAUCCAGGAUGGUUGGGACAAGCAAAUUUGAUCCGGGAAGAGCCAGCGCAGAAGCAGUACCCCAGCAAACUGCAGAUUUCUCUGCUUGGUCUUGGCCUGGUACAGCUGGCCGCCGCAAUUAUCCGCAACGGACAGUCGAAUCAACCUGACCUCCUCGGAAACCAAAAUCCAUGCAACAAUACCACUGAACCGUAUAUCCCGGACAACGUCACCCGCCUCCAAGGCGUCACGCCGUUCGACGGCCGUGUGAUCGGGCUGGCACCUUGGAUAAGCGACGAAUGUUCGCAGGCGUUUCUCAAUGUCUCGCAGGGGACCGUGCCGGCCGCGCUGCUCUUUUUUCUGCCGUCCAACGAUGACAAAAAGCCGCCAGCGGCAAAUGACCCGGCCUGGCAGCUGGGAGGAAGCGCUAGCUGGCAAUCGCAGAGCAACUUUCCGGUGUACGGAAUCCCCGGCGCGGCGGGUGCUACCUUGAUGGAACAACUGUCACGCGACGGGAGUGUGCCCGAUCCCGAUGACCAAGACAACCUAACUGCAUUGUCGUCGUCAGGGGCUAGCAGAUUGAUAGCGGUCAUAGAUAUAGAUAGUGGCGCAAAGAAGAUGCCCAGUAUAUGGGGGUUCAUUCUCGCCAUUCUCGGGACGGUCCUCGUACUUACUAUUAUCCUACUUUUAUUCUACCAACUGGUGCACAGGCGGCAUCAGCGGGAGCUUCAGCGCCGCCUGGAAGCCGGAGAAGCAGACUUGGAGCAGCUAGCCCAGCUUCAUAUCAAAGUUCCGCCAGAAUUCUUGGAGACGAUGCCAAUCUACAUCUACAUGGGCGAUGGUGACGACAACGAAUCGACCCAUGAGAAUUCAACACCUGGGAAUCUACCACGGAUCACCGAACACUCUGCUGAAGACAUAGACCCCAAAACACCCACCGUCGCAAUUCGUGAGGCGGACAAUGAGGCGGAAAAAGCAAUAGACGGCGAGUCCAUCAGACGACCCUCGCAGGCGACAAUAGCAGGCCACCCAGACGCCUAUGUACGGCACAAAAACCGACUCAGCCGACAGCAAACGACGUGCGCGAUCUGCCUGGAUGAUUUCGAGCCGGAUUUAUCAGCAGUGCGUGAGCUGCCGUGCGGACACAUCUACCACCCACCAUGCAUCGAUACAUCCCUAACGCAGAGCAGCAGUCUCUGCCCGCUAUGCAAGAAGAGCGUGCUCCCAAGCAGCUGGUUCAGAUUUCCACCAGAAGACCCAUGGCUGCAACCUCACUAG